CUAAGCAUUGGGCAUUAAGAAGCACGUGACAUUUGCGAAGAAUAAGUAAAAUGCGAUGAUACUGUCAGAACGAGCCUGUGAAGUUACUCCUCUAAUGAGAUUUCUCGUGGUUGAGGUACAACCGCCAGUGUGAUACAGAACAUCUGUUGAUAAGUCUGGAAAAUUUCACAUUUUUCGCCAGCGAAGAUGGGCUUCUUAGUAGCUGUGACCACGUACUUCUUGUGGGCAACUUGUCUUCUCCAGGGAGCUAAGUCUUCUGGAAGUAAAGAACCAGAAGUCGAACCGGACUUCACAGAACCGAUUCCAAAUGUCACUGUAUCAGUAGGGAGAGAUGUCAAGCUGGCCUGCGUUGUGGAAAACUUAGGGUCAUACAGGAUUGCGUGGAUCCACACUGACCGUUACACUCUGCUGACCUUACAAAACAGGGUCAUCACCAGGAACCCUAGAUUCAGCAUCACCCACAAUGGUCACCGCACGUGGACGCUGUACAUCAGGGAGGUGGAAGAAAGAGACAGUGGAGAAUACAUGUGCCAAAUUAACACUUCCCCAAUGAAGAGUCAGAGCGGGUUUAUCAGUGUUGUAGGCUACUUCAUUCAAGAGAUCGAUGGGAACAAUGUUAUGAGACUUUAG